GCUCUAGCGUAGCCCCUUCCCUCUCGCUUCGCCAACCGCGAGGCUGCCCUAGUUGGAAACUGGGGAGUCAGGGGUCUCGUCACUUACGAAGCGGAUUGGCUCCUGGACUCUGGGGCCUCGAACUGUCGGGGAAACUGACCGGCAAGAGCCCCUGCAGCCGAGUGGCCGGGAGCCGGUCGGAUUGGCCGGAGCUGGCGUCUGGCCGAGCCGUCGGAGCUUGGCUGGUCCAAGCUUGCAGCUGGCCCGGGCUAUCCGAAUGGCAUGUCCCAAAGAUGGGAUGCCCCUUUCACCUGGGUCCCAGAAUAAUGGAACAAACUUGAAGAUGACUGUGAUUGACAAAUAAUAUGAAGAGAAAGAAUCCUUCCUAGUGACGUGGACCUGUGACUGGUGGGAUUUAGUAGAAGCAUAUGAUGUAGUACUAAGGAGAGCAAUGAAUCAAAACAGGGAGAAGUCUGGCCUCUUCCAGUCCAUUCCCAGACCUGCCUCAUCUUCUACCCUAGAAUGAUUGACUAUAGAAACAUCAAUUCCUUCAACCUCAUCCACCAGCUCCUAUGAAGUUAGGAAGACCAUGUGGCCAAUGAAGUGUGAGCAGAAGCCCCAGAUAUUCCUUCUGGUUGGAAGUAGUGAAAAAAGUACCUGAGAUCCUCUUGUCUCUGUUUCUCUGCUGCAGUGACCAACAAGCUUGUGCAGCCACAAGAUGGCAGAGCCUCCAUCAUCCUCAACCUGUCAUCUAGUAUCUGAAUCACAGCUGGGAUCCAGAUAGAAAGGAUAAGACUGAAAUCUCCAAGAGGUCAGGUACCAUACGAUAAGGACACUGAAGCAUCCCUUUCAGAGAGAUUCAUGUGGAAAGGAUCUAGGCUUUCUGUCAAAAGCCAUGUGAAUGAGCCAUGUCAGAAGCAGAUCCUCCAGCCCCAGUCAAGCCUUCAGAUGACUGCAGCCCUGGACAGCAUCUUGCCUAUAACUUCAUGAGAGACCUUAAGCUAUACUUCCUGGCAGAUCUAUGCUAUAAGAGAUCUUCUUACUGCAAGAGAGCACGGAGAUCACAGAUAUGAACCGCCUCUUUCUAGUCUUCAGCAUUCUGACAGUGACUGUGGUAACAACAAUAAUUGUAAUACCAACACCAACACAAGUAAAAUUAGCCCAGCAGUUCAACCAGAUGAGCAUAGAAACUGCACCAACCUUUCUGGUUUUCCUGAACUCAGAAUAUGAGCCUUGUUUGGGGACCCUGAUCCACAAACAGUGGGUUCUCACUGCAGCCCACUGCUUCUUACCAUUUCUUGAGAUAAACGUUGCGGCUUCAAAAGAGAAUUUUCAAAACAAGAUGGGGAACUUAAGACCCACAUUUAUUGUCCAACACCCAGACUUUACCCGGGAUUCUGCUGAGCAUGACCUCAUGCUCAUCAAGCUGAAUCAUCCCGUAGAGCUCAAGGAUCAGGUCAAGCUGUUGGUUCUACCCAACACCACGAAUGACAGAAGAGGGGAAAAGUGCACUGUCUCUGGCUGGGGCUGGGAAUGGAGAAAUUUCAACCCAGAACCUGAUAUCCAGAUAAACCAGACUGUCUUUUGGUUUUCUAAUGAUGACUGCCAAGAGUCCCUUGUAAGACAAAUUCCUAUUAAAAUCACAGAAAACAUGUUCUGUGCAGGAUCAUCUCUGGAGAAUACACAUUCAUGUAAGGAAUUAGAUGCUGUCCCAAUCCUGUGCCAAAAUCAGCUCCAUGGGAUCCUAUCUUGGUCAGCAGGGUGUAUUUUGAAAGGUGAUAUUGGCUACUACACCAAGGUUUCCCGCUAUACAGACUGGAUCCACAAAGUUAUCCACAGCAACUGAGCUCUCUCUGUUCCCUCUCCCAGUGGCCUCAGAACUGGGUCUACCAUCCUUGACCCUCUUUUCCCUUUAGCCUCAGAACAAGAUGGGAAUAGAGCCUUUAGCUAUAAGAAAUUUUCUGUUCCUUCUAUUAUUUUGAGUUCUCUUAUCCUUUUUCAGUCCUAGCCUGAUCACCAAAGGAUUUGAGCUGGAUAACGUUCUCCUAAAUAAGCUACCUUCUCACCACUCUUUUCCUCUCCUCCAACUUCCUACUCACCUG